UUAAAAUUUCUCUCUUUUGUUGGUUCGGAAUCGGUGAAGGUAAAACCCACUUUCUCGUCGAUUUCGUUAUAAUCACUGAGAUUUAAGUUUAGCAGCUCAAUAUUGGACCUUGAUAAAUCCUCGUACACUGGAAAUGCAUGCGAAAAGUUCUCAGAAAGACUCAGCUGAUGCAUUGGUGUGCAAUAUGCGUAGCUCCCAAAAGGAGUCAGAUAAGAUUGCAUCAGUCAUUGCAGGAGAGAGCAAGCAAACUGAUUUUUUACGUGUUUUCUACGAGGGUGUUAUAGCUGGAGGCGUUGCUGGUGUUAUUGUGGAAACAGCAUUAUAUCCAAUUGAUACCAUAAAAACUCGAUUACAGGCUGCCCAUGGUGGAGGAAAAAUUAUUUUGAAGGGUCUGUAUUCUGGAUUGGCUGGAAACAUUGCUGGUGUUUUACCGGCUUCUGCUAUAUUUGUUGGCGUAUACGAACCUACAAAGCAGAAAUUGCUGAAGUCCUUCCCUGAAAACCUUAGUGCAUUAGCUCACUUGACUGCAGGUGCAAUUGGAGGUGCUGCUUCUUCUCUUGUCCGUGUGCCAACAGAGGUUGUAAAGCAAAGGAUGCAAACCGGGCAAUUUGCUUCAGCCCCUGAUGCUGUCCGUCUCAUUGUUGCUAAGGAGGGUUUUAAAGGCCUUUAUGUGGGGUAUGGAUCCUUCUUAUUGCGGGAUUUGCCAUUCGAUGCCAUGCAGUUCUGCAUCUAUGAGCAGCUCCGAAUAGGAUAUAGGUUAGCGGCAAGAAGAGAACUGAACGAUCCUGAGAAUGCAAUAAUUGGUGCUUUUGCUGGAGCAAUAACUGGGGCUGUAACUACUCCUCUUGAUGUGAUCAAAACAAGAUUAAUGGUUCAGGGGUCAGCAAACCAGUACAAUGGGAUUUGCGAUUGUGUUAGGACUAUUGUGAAAGAAGAAGGAACUCGUGCUCUUCUGAAGGGUAUUGGACCAAGAGUGCUGUGGAUAGGUCUUGGCGGUUCAAUUUUCUUUGGUGUUCUUGAAAGGACAAAACAAAUACUUGCCCAAAGGAAUACCCCAUCUUCUCAAAACCCAACCUCUUUCAAGGAUCAACUUUAGCUCACCAUGUUGAAUUCAUCUCCUUCAAAAAUUAUCAGCUUAAAUCAGGAAAAGCAUCAUCAGCUAGCUCUCUCUUCAGAUACUGUUUCUGGGGUUUCUAUAUUGAAAUUGCAUCGUCAGAACUUGAAACCAAUUAGAUCAUUGAACUUGUUAACUGAUGUUGUAAUUCUUCAUAGAAAUAGCCCUACUCAAAGUGGGUUUCUGUGCUUAAAUUUUAUGGUUGCAGCUAACCAGUGGCUCUACAUACUUGGAAGUAUGCAGGUUUUGCGUCACUGUAUACCAACUCAGUCAUACGUCUCUUUUCUCAUGCAAUAAGUAAUAAUGAAGAGGUUAUCUUUC